AUGCCGCCACUAACUGUCCAACGUCUGCAGCGGCGUGAGACCAGUCCAGGUCGGACUUUCUCCAUCAUCUUCGCGGCCAUUGCCUUCCUCGUCGUCCUGGCGUGUCUGAUUUUGGUCAUCAUCCUGCCAAGAUAUCGAAAGAAACCCAGAGUUCUACCUGGAAGUCGAUACCCCGUGGUUCCAAACUACCCACAUCCUUUCGGGCCUCCUCCUAGGUUCCCAAGUCACCCUGCUCUGCUGCGCGGCUUUCGGAAGCAGCCUGCGGCCCCUGUUCAACGGUAUAAUCCUAGAGUCGAAAGUCCCUUUCCAAGCAGUCCUGCUCAAUCAGACCUAGGCAGUGGUCCAGGGCAUGGGUUUAUUCACAGUCAUGGACUCUUCACUCCACCUCAAUGCUGCUUGGGUAUGAGACACGAUCCGCAGGCAGCAAGACGAGUUACAGGCCCUGAUCCACGCCAAUUUACGACCUUCAGUGCAAAGCAUGACUACAUUCUCCCGGUCCCCGAGCCUCUCAUCCUCAAACCAAGACCAGCAGGCCGACCACCACCGUUGACCAGACAGCUGGAACGAUUUCCCAUACCCCAGCCACUCGACUCGGGCCGUAGCGGAGAAGUCGUGCACCCGAUGAAACUUUUCCAAGAGUUGGGACAACGCGUCUCGGACACGACUGCAGACAGCUUAGGCACUCCUUGCCCGACUUCACAGAAACCCAAGCAGCCCAACGCGAUCGAGGCGGGCCUGAUGGGUAUUCAGGUUCGAAUUGUGGAGUCUACUCAAGCUAUGAGUGGAGAGUCUUGCAUUUCCGUGGACGAAGCACCAGCUGCAGAACAGCAACAUACUGUCCAAGAGCUGGGACUGCAGCCCACAAACAAUGGCGAGGUGGGACUACCCAAGAACAAUCAGAAGCAGGGAGGACUGGAGAGAAUGGGAACGCGGACACGACCCAAGACGCCUGUGGCCGAGAUUCGAAAUCGGUUCGACAAUGCAGCAAGCGAUAUCAACAACGAGAGUUCAUUGUCAUCAAAUCGUCUCUAUACGCCUGCAAGCAACCCUUUUACGACCCCUGAGCUGUCCUCGACACCUCCCACCUCGCCAGAGUACUCUACCGAAAAGAAACCGCUCUCUUCAACACCCUCAAAGCCAAACCUUGCACCUCCCUUUAUGGCGGUGCCCUCUCAUGCACACAGAAGAACACCUAGCUCGGUCAUUCUCCCGAGUUCUGAGAUGCUCACUGCCUUCCCAUUUGCUACACCAAGCAGACGUGCUCAUCGAGCUACUAAGAAGUCUCCUCAGUCAAAAGUAUUGAAGAAACGAUCGAAUGCAGGUCGGCUAAAGCUUGUAUCCUGGUCCAAGUUACGACCCAGCGCACAGCUUUCCCGCCGUUACUCUUCAUCCUCGCUUUCAACGAUCUUCAAGCCAAUUCUUGGUCCGACAAGCCAAUGCAGCCAAGGGGCGUCAAGCGUAUACAGCCGCGAUGCACGAGCUCUUAGUUUCAUGGAAGCAAUAGAUCUCCCUGUGAAAGGCUCCCCAGACCACCGAAUUUGUCCUGGAUGGGUUAAGGAUCAGCCAUCCGAGCGCCAAAGUGGGUUCUCUCACAAACAUUCAGCAUCGACUGAUUACCUGAAGACCAAGAUCGACGCGUGGGACUUGCACACCGCACACCUUGACAGGUCGAUGUACCCGCCCUCUAUUAUGAAACGUUCAAUAUCAGAUACCGGCCCUCGACGUGGAACAAAGCGGGAGUCCUCUGCCCAAGUCGUGGACCUCAGCGCCCCGGGCAGAUCUAUCCCUGUUAUCCAGAUUGGGAGAUCUAGCGAUGAUGUGUUUGGCAUUGAAGUCGAUGGGUUCAAGGGCCACCAGGCCAGCAUCGUCCUGAAGAGUAUUGGGUCAGCCAAGGCACUAUCAGCCGUUUCAGGUGGACCGGCACGAGGGACCGCACCAGGUGGCGGCGAGUGGAUUUGA